AUGAAGUUACGGAAGAUUGCUCGUACAUCUACUAUAGCCUGGUCUCCAGGCCAGCACAUUCCAUUACUUGCAACUGGAACUGUGGCGGGUGCAUUGGACGCGUCCUUCUCUACUACUACAGAGCUAGAAAUAUGGGAUUUGGACUUGGCAAACACUACUUCAGGCUCCAUGAAGAGACUCGCUGUCGCAAAAGGUCAUGUCAGAUUCAAUCGCCUGGCUUGGGGUCCAGCUCCAACUGAUGCCUCCAAACCUCGUGGCAUUAUUGCUGGUGGUAUGGAAGAUGGACAACUAGACCUCUGGUCUCCCGAUAUAUUACUCGCAAACGCUGCUGCUGGAACCACCAUACCAUCUCCCGAUUCACCAGAUCCAUUAAUAUUACGUAAAGCUGCUCACAGUGGACCUGUACGAGGUCUCGACUUUAACCCAUCACAAGCAAACUUGCUUGCUUCAGCAGCUACCGAAGGUGAAAUAUUCGUAUGGGAUUUGACAAAUCCAGCACUACCAUACUCGCCCGGUAAUCGUAGUCAGAGAUUGGAAGAUAUUACAGCACUCAGUUGGAAUCGACAUGCUGCACAUAUAUUAGCCACCUCCAGCAAUAAUGGAUAUACCGUAGUCUGGGAUUUACGAAACAAGAGAGAAGUCACACAGCUGAGGCAUUUGGGUAGUGGACCUGGUGGAAGGGUGCCUGUAUCAGGUGUUGCUUGGAAUCCUGAUGUGGCUACUCAACUUGUUACAGCAGGCGAUGAUGACAUUUCUCCUGUCAUCUUGAUUUGGGACUUGAGAAACUCGAGAGCUCCUGAAAAGCAAUUGACGGGCCACUCGAAAGGCAUAUUAUCUGUGUCUUGGUGUCCAAGAGACUCAGAUCUGUUGAUGAGUAGCGCCAAAGAUAAUCGUACUCUAGUAUGGAAUCCAUCAACAGGAGACGUAAUUGGUGAAUUGGAACAAUCGUCCAAUUGGGCCUUCGAUUUGCAAUGGUGCACUCGAAACCCCGAUCUAGUCGGUGUUGCGAGCUUUGAUGGACAAGUUGUUGUUCAUUCGUUGCAAGGCACAUCAACAGGCCUUGAAGAAUCGCAAUCGAAACCAUCGUCACCAACGACAGCAGAUCCAUUCUCUCCUGCAUACCAGAUGAGCACAAGUCACUCGUCUGACGCAAAGUUCCAAUUGGUGCAGCCUCCUAAAUGGAUGCGACGUCCAGUUGGUGCUACUUGGGCAUUUGGCGGAAGACUCGUCACCUUCUCUCGCUCUCACAUAACGCCACAACCUGUAAAUACUGGUGAACGCCGACCCGUGCCUAUAUCUAUACGUACAGUACCCACAGAUCCAGAAUUCGCGCAUCGUCUAGAUGAGUUAAACAAAUUGAUGGGUGAUUCUUCCAAGGAAGAAUGUGUGGCAUUUUGUGAAACUAGGUCGACAGAUGCUUCAAAAGAUACAGAAGUCUGGAAGUUUUUGAGGCUCAUGUUUGAAGGUGAUGCCAGAGAACGAGCAUUAGAAUAUCUAGGGUUUGAUCGGAAAGAUGUAGGAGGUGCAGCUUUUCAAGAAUUAUUGAAAAAGCUGAAUAUAUCAUCAACAGAAGAGAAUGGAGAACAUGGCGACGAACUCGCUCCACCACCAACAUCAUCCAAGCUCAGUAAAAGCUCGCCGCUCUCCAUACCGCCAGUAAAUGCUGAAGAUUCUUCAGCCAAAGACACGAAUGGAGUAUCUGGAUUGUUUGGUGGUAUGAGUGGUGACGAUGGUUUAGGUAUCCAAUCACAAGAAGGCAGCGGCAUGGGCAGUACUAGUGCUGUGCCUGCAUCACCAUUUAAACUAUACGCUUCCACCGUGUCAUCCAGGAAUGAAGAUAUAGAUGUAGAUAGUUUGAUUAGUCGUGCUAUAAUUCUUGGAAACUAUUCCGUCGCCGUACAAGCAUGUAUGGCCGUCAACCGAUAUGCCGAUGCCAUGGUAUUGGCUGUAUGUGGAGGUCCUGAUCUAAUAGCAAAGGCACGCGACGAGUACUUUGCCAAGACUCGUGAUUCUAAAUCAUAUGUUCGUAUCUUGCAAGGUGUUGCAUCCAGUGACUUGAAGGAUGUAGUGGAGAAUGCUGAAUUAGGUGAUACGUCCAAAGAUAGUGGUUGGCGAGAUAUUUUGGCUCUCAUAUGUAUGUACGCCAAACCUGAAGAAUUUGCCACGCUUUUUGGCAUUUUGGGUAAUCGACUAGAAGGCAUCUAUUCAUAUCCCACAACAAAGGAUGCCAGUGCACCGUCAUUCAUUCCAAAAAAAGUAUCUGAUCAGGUCGUAAAAGAAAGAGCCUCAGCAGCAGUAUUAUGUUACUUGUCUGCUGGGAAUCUCAAUCGACUAGUAGAGAUUUGGGCAUCGAGGAUGUCUGAAGAAGAAAGAGAAGUACUGUCCCAACCUAAUGCCUCCAGACAUAAUUCCCAUGUGACCGCAUUACAAUCCUUUAUCGAAAAAGUCACAUUGUAUAGACGUGCUGCCUCAUUUGUUGACUCUGAAUUCACGAGUCAACCAACAAUAUUUAAAUUAUCUGUCUUGUAUGAAUAUUACGCUGACUUUGCUGAACAGGCUUCUGCUCAAGGACGUAUGAACCUAGCUUGGAGCUUCCUGUCUCUCAUACCCGAAGCAUUCAAAUGGGUGAUAAAAUAUAAAAGUGGAGAAGUCGACCCACUUGAAUUGCUUCGAGAUCGCCUAUAUCGAUCCGGCGGUUUGUCGUCAGCUUUACAAGCUCAGGAUCCAAAAGUGCCAUAUGUAUUUGACGAUGUAACCGGACGAGCUAUGGAAUAUGAAACAAUACAAACGUACGAAUCGUCUGGUUACACACAGGAGCAAGCUGGGUAUGUGAAUGGCAUACCAGGUCAGGCACAACAACAGCAGCAGCAAGUAUAUCAAAACACUCAAUAUCCUACUGCUGCUCCUGUUUAUGGUACACCUACGUAUAUCGCACCUGGAUACUCUCAACAACCAGUAAUCCAGCAGCAAACUCAGCAGCAACAGCAAUAUGGUAAUCAACAGCAACAACAACAAUAUGCCAAUCAAUGGCAACAGCCGCAACAGCAACAACCUGUAUCUAAACCAGGUUAUUAUGGACAGCAACCACAACCAAGUGCACCUCAAACUCAGCAGUAUGGCUACCAAGCUCCUGUAGCUGCUAGCAUGGUCAAUCCACCUCCUACCGCGUCUGGUUCUAAUUAUCAACAGACUCCGUUGCCUCCUUCUACUCAAAAGAUUGCUCCAGCUUCUGGAUUCAACGACUUGCCAGCGGGAUUGUUGAGCUCGGAGUCUAGACGACCAACACCCAAACCAAUAGGUACCUUUACUCCUGGAUUUGGUCAACAGCAACAGCAAGCUGCUGCUCAGCAACAAGCAGCAUGGAAUGCAGCCCCGCCAAUGGGAGGUUCUCAACAACCUUCUAUGAAUAAUUCAACACCCAUCAGUCAUGGUAUGAUGAAUAAUCAAAACAAUCCUCCACCUACCAUGAUGCCGCCACCUACAAUGGCACCUACAAUGGGACAACAGUGGACUCAGCAGCAGCAGCAGGUGCAACAGCAGCAAGCUGGACCACCACCAUCGAUAUCCAAGCCACCCACUCCAGCACCAAUACCACCACCACCAACAGGAGGAUACGCAGGUCAACAACAGCAGCCUCCACCGAUGCCUGCUCCCUUCCGAAGGCCAACUCCUCCUAUAGUAGCCCCACCACCACAGAUGAGUGGUCAACCUCCACAACAAUAUUAUCAACCAACACCAACCCAACAACCAGGAGGCAGUAUGCAGCAUCCACCCCAAGUGAUGGGAAUGCAAGGUCGACCACCUGCACCUCACCAGAUGAUGCCUCCUACAGGUCAACCACCCAUGACAACUCCUCCGCCUCCAUCGAAUGCUCAACAAGCGGAAGCUAUUGGUCAAGGGCUGAGCAGACCUCCAUCUGUUGGAGGAUCUGUUGGAGCUGGUCAAGGGCCUGCACCUUCUAGUACUGUCAACAGCCCAGCACUCCCGAGAACUGCGCCAGGGCCUCAAGCGUCUGGUGCUGCUCCCUCAAAUCGACUCCCACCUGGAGAUCGAUCAAAGAUCCCUCCUCAUCAUAUGCCGAUAGUCAAUGUCCUAAGUCGCGUUUUGAUUUUGAUGAAGCAGUUGCCAGGGACCCAUGGAAAGAGAGUUGCAGAAGAUACAGAAAAACGGCUAAACACAUUGUUCGACCAGUUGAACAAUGCUGAUCUCAAGAGUGACUUGACUGAAAAGUUAGUCGCUCUAGUUCAAGCUGUGGAAGCAAGAGACUUCACAGCCAGCCGUGAAAUUCAUGGUGACAUUCUAGCAAGAACUACUUCUGCUACCGGACUGGACCUAAGUUGGGUACCUGCCAUCAAACGAUUAGUUGAACGGGCAGCAGAAAGUCAAUUGCAAGCAACUCAACAAAGACAACAACAGCAGCAGCAAGGCAUACCGCAACAAAACACUACGCCUCCAAUGCAAUCUGGGCAGACUUGGCAAGGCGGUCCACCUCCUCAACCGCCACAAGUGUUUGGACCUCGUUAA